AAUGAUCGCACAGAGAAUCAGAACUUCAGCGCAGAUACCCAGGAAAGGCCACAAGGCGGCGAGUUUGCCUGUGGAGCAAAACAGGAGAGUAAAAUUGCCAAUAUAAAUAUAUAAAUAACAUUAAAGUAAAAUGAGCAGCUGGUACACACCCUUAACACGAACAAAUGAUACAUCACUAGCCUCAGCGUAGCCGGCAUACUCAUUGGCAUCAUUGCGUCCAAUGCAUUUAUAUUCGCCUCUAUCAUCAAGGCUGAUGUUUUCAACAGAUAAAAUUGCGUUUUUCACUUGAUUAUCAUCGGGAUUCAACAUAUAACGACCUGUGCUGUUUGAGAUUGUCAAAUUACCUGCGAAUCAAACAAAUAUGGCACAUGUAUAUAUAUAUAUAUAUAUAUUUAAAAAUUUUACUAAUGCAGCUACAACAUACCAAUCAUCCAGGACAAUUGUGGAUCUGUACCAACACAUGUACAGACAAUUGACAAUUUCUCACCCUCUACAACACCGGAAUUCGAAGGCACUCGUACAACAACGCGAGCUACACAACGAAAUAAUAAAACAUAUCAAUAAAGAAUCAGCUCAUAUACAUAUAUAUAUACCUAUAUAUAGUAUUAUACUUACCAACUACAUUAAUAUCUUUCUUCUGAUUAUCGGCUACACAACUGUAGAGACCAUCAUCGGCAAUAUCUGUUCGGUCAAUUAUGAACUUUCUUUCGGCCGCAAUAAUUCUGUAACGACCUGAAAGUUCUUUGACUUUCGCAACAUCCGUACCGUUCUUUUCCCUAGGUAAAAAAUUAAAACAAAACUAUGUUAGAAGAAAACAUUCGCUAUUAUUUACACAAAUACAUAUCUACAGGCAUAAAUACAAUAUAUAAAUAAUGUAGUAGUACAAAUGUAUGUACAUAUAAGCACUUGGACCAAAACAAAUUCCUGUUACAAGUCUUAAGGCAGAAUCGAGUAAACUGUAUGCGAUAUUUCAGAAAACUUCAGAAAAAAUUUUUAUAAAAAAAAAAAUUAAUCGUAUUCAAAACGAUUUUUCUUUGUCAUAUAUAAAAUAGAGCAAAAGAUAUAAAUUUUACGUUCACAUCGAAAGCUGUGGUAAAAAUUUUCAAAAAAUUCAUUUGAAUUGGCAAACAGACGUUGCAUAAGCGAAGCGAAAAUUUUGUAAAAAUUUAUUGACCCCACCGAUUAAAAGUAAAACAAACGACGGUGGUCAUUUCGUAAUUUCGAAUCGAAUGUGCUAGCAUUUCCACAGAAAAUGGCCAAUCAAAAUGGGCAAUUAAUUUUGCAGGCUUUGCAAACGCUGGAAGAGCCCGCAACGGUCAUGAGAAUAGUGACACAUAUCGCCGACACAGCCGGCGUUCACCCCAAUGAUGUGAAAGAAUCGGUGCAAGAGACAUUAAAUGGAGGCGUACGCUACGGCUAUAUACAACGCUCCAAUCGUAAAUAUUAUGCGGCACCUGUUGACUUGGACACUAUUGCUGGAGAGGAGAUUAGUGAACCGGAAGUGGAGACCAAUAAGGAUGAUAACAAGGAUACUGGCGAAAUGGAAGAUCGUGGCGGUAGGCGGCGCAGAAGACGUGCAAGUCGUAGUCGCAGUCGUAGUCGACGUGGCUCCCGACGUCGACGUCGUCGUUAAGCCAUUUUUUGUACAAAAAGGGCCAAAAAACAACAACAACAACAACAAACGCCCAAUUACUAAUGAAUGAUUUGAAAUUAUGUAUUUUGAUGUGUCUCGUCUCUCUAUGUAAGAUUGUCUACGGUGUUUCUAUAUCUAUGUAUAUUUUGAGAAAAUUAUGAUAAUGUUAAAAAAAAACUAUACAUAUUUUUCUGAUAAAACUCGAAUAAAUAUAGAGAAAAAUAAUUGU